AUGGGCGCUAGAUUCCGGACCUUUGUGGUGGUGGCCGAGUUGGACUCUCCCGCUGGCCACGUUACCAGCCUCUUGACGUGGCUGCUGUCCCGGGCUGGUCUUGGUAACGCCGUUUCGGCUCCCGAGAAGAAUUACACGUGGAGUAAACUGGGAGACUAUCUUGGCAGGAACGGCGUCACCCCAAAAGGAGCAUAA